GUUUUCAUUCGAGUUUCGAGGCGCACGCAUGCGCACUACGAUGUGAAAGUCAGCCACGAUUGCCACAUCCACUUGAACAGUAUUUUUCGCGUGAUCUGGUUAUUCCGGGAGCUGAAACCAGAACUAUGGCUCAAUCGGGACACCUUUUGUGGCUCGCGGUGGUCUGCUACUGGAUUGCAUCAUUCCUAAGUGGCGCUGAUGCUCAGCAUCUGAUCGCAUACAUCUCGCAAAGGGGUCUGCAUGGGGAGAUUACCUUCCGACAGAUGAACGCCACCACGGUGGAGAUCAAGGCCAAUCUAGAGGCCACCCUGCAGUAUCCCGACCAAGUGUGGAGUUGGGGAGUUCGGCGAUUCCCCGUGGAUUACUCCAAUACAGACCCCGAGGAGCGCUGCGAACUUAGUCGCCUGGGCUCCCAAGUCUUAACCUUCGAUGAGGAUCUGGAGUAUCUUGUGCUGCCCGGAAACGAGACUUCUACGUGGGAGCGUAACAUGCAGCUGAUUGGAGAUCGGGGAAUUUGGGGCAAGGCGCUGGUACUCACGGAGGUCAACUCAAAUGCCCGCAUUUGUGCCACCAUUACCACCAUCCAGAGCUCCGUAGAGCACAUGGCAGAGGCCCGGUUCAAUACACCGGUGGCCGGAUCCGUCCACUUUCGGUGGCUGGCGCCGGCGGAAGGAGCAGCUGGGGAUACUUUGAUCUACUCCGAUCUGUACCACAUCAGGCAGCAACCCGCGGCUCUGGAGGAGGACAGCAGCCAAAAGGCAUCCUUCACCCAGCACCACUGGAAAAUCUUCGUGACGGACAUCUUCAAACACGACCACCAUCGCACCGAGGACAACUGCAACUUCCUUCAGCUGGUUUUCGAUCCCCAAGGCGGUGGAGCUGGCCAAGGAAUCGGAGAUCUGGAUGCGCGUCUUGGAAGGAUCGGGGUGGCCAAGAAUGCGCUACGAUCCCCGCAACGCAGUGUCUUUAGGGAUGCACAGUUGGCCCUACUCCCUUCGGAUCUAACCAUUCCACAUAGGACCCUCUACCUGGUGCUGUUCGACAACCAGCAUCCGGAUUCUUACCUCGCCUGCACCAAGAUUCGGCAUGUUCAGCCUCUGACCUACAAAACUUUCAUCAACUCUGGUGGUGUCAAGGGAGAGGUGACCUUCACGCAGCGCUCUAAGUUCGACCCUACUUUUCUUAAUUUCACCUUGGGCGCACCUCUUACUCAGCAUGUCAGUCGCAAGUUUGCUGAAGAUGUGGCCGCCUUCAGAAUUCACAGUCUGCCGCCAGUUCCGCAAAAAAUGGGUCACGAGGACUACUGCUGGACAACUGGAGACAUGCACAAUCCCCGGGAGAUAAAUGAAAAUAUUCCCCCUCCUGGUUAUGGAACCCAGGAGCAGUAUCCCCUGGGCGAUCUCUCCGGAAAGCUGCAGGGUCGGAACAAAGGCUACUGGCACCAGUAUGUCCUGCCGGGAACGAGUUCUGAGCUGAACGGCCUCUAUUGGGAUGUCUUCCUUCCCCUUCAAGGUCGCCAUAGCAUAGCCCAGAGGAGUCUGGUUAUAUACACCUUUAACAGAACUGAUGUGUCUAAUAUCACAAAGAGCAUAUGGGGCUGUUCCACUCUGGGGCAAUAUCAGCGGAAUGGGAUUUACCAGCAGAACAUGGUUACAGCUCAGGUUCUCUUUCGAUAUCCAGUGGUGGGUCGGGUAAUCUUCCGGCAGCCUGCAGAACAGCCUUGGCAGGACACCACCGUACUUUUCGAGUACCUCAUCCAGGCAGAUGGUUCCACCCAGAACACCACCAGCGAUCACCGCUGGGCAAUCCACAAUAACGCCCCCGGAAAGGACUUCUACGACUGGCAGCAGCGCUGCAUCUCCGCAGGACCCGUCUUUAAUCCAUUCAAAGUGGACUGGGGCAACCGUAGUGUGGAUGACUUUUGCCACGCGAAUCUUCCCUCGAUGUGCAGAGUUGGAGCCAUGGAUGCGAGGUCGGGAACACUUACCAUCGCCGGAGGCAGAAGGGUUGCCCAGAAAAUAAGCAGGAGGAUGUACGUGGACGGUAAUCUUCCGCUUUCUGGCCGACAUGGAAUUCUUGGGACGUCCCUGGUCAUCUACGAGGAUAGUGGUCCCAAGGCCAGAGGCGAACGAUUGGCCUGUUCCGCGGUAAUUGGACAUUUCCGGAGGAAAGUUGUGGCCAAGGAGUGGUAUGCCAAUGGAGAUCCUUUGACUGUCAGUGGCCAAGUGGAGGUCACUCAGCAGUCGGAGUACGAUAUCAGCAAUGUGGAAGUGCAGCUAAAAGGACUGAAAGAUAACACUGGCUACCACAUUCACAGGACACCCGUUGAAGCCAAUCUGGCUUUUCCCUGCGAGGCUUCCACUCUGUAUGGCCACUGGAAUCCUUUCGACAUCAGUCCGAAGUCAUCACCCCCAACUAAAAGGGGGACCACCGAUCAGUACGAAAUGGGAGACCUUAGUGGAAAGUUUGGAAGUCUCGAAGGAGUUACCCAAUUCGAGGAUUCCUACAAUGACACUAAUCUUCCUCUCUUUGGCUACAACAGCAUCAUUGGACGAUCUGUGGUUAUUCAGAAGAAACAGAAGAAUGCACGAUGGGCCUGCAGUACCCUAGAGCGUGGCUACAGUCCCAGCGAGGCCAGGGAACUCAGAGCGAUUGCCUCGUUUCAUCAUCCCACGGGUUACGCCUAUGGAUACAUUAAGAUGACCCAGCUCAUUCACAAUGAUGGAAGUCAAUCGGAGACUGUGAUUGAGGUGAAGUUAAGGCAUCCCGGAAAGAAUGAUCGCAACUCCACGAGGAAUCACAAUUGGCAGAUAUUUGUGAAUCCCGUUGGCGUGGAUGCAGCUGUUAAGCCAACAAUCACGCGUUGUGUGGCUGGAGGAUACGUUUGGAAUCCGUACUACACACAACUGGCAGAUCCACUAAAUUUGGAUCUCUAUGAGCAGGAGUGCAGUCCGGAUAAUCCCCUGCGUUGUUAUGUGGGCGAUGUGGGAGCUCGAUUGGGCACAAUAGAUCUGGGUGGUGAGCGUGUAGUGCUUACCGACUCCAACUUUCCUUUAGAGGCUCCUGUGGGAGCCAUUGGACGUUCCAUAGUGAUCUUUGGACCUGAUCACUCCCAUGAGAGAUUUGCCUGUGCAAAUAUAGAGCCCGACCACAAUGUCAUUAAAUACAUAAACCUACAAAAACCGCCUCGCUUCGUGGUGGCCCAGUUCCUGGAUGAACUGCGGUCAGUAAUGGGAAUCCCUGAGUGGAUGUUGGAUGUGGAUGCCCGAAAGACCAAGGAGCUGCAUGGUGGUGCCUGCAUUCAGAUGAUAAUCCACUUCAAGGGACCUCUUGCCCAUCGAUUGGAGCUGGAUAUGUCUCGAUUGAUAGCUGCUGGCAGAUUGGACUCCCCUAGUCUCUUCAUUCCAGGUUAUGUGAACCAGAAGCGAAAGGCGACUAUAUCAUAUCGCACUUGUGGCGUAAGGGAUACCAAUGAGAAGCGCACCAAGAACUUUAAGGGCGGCUUCUAUUCCUCAAGCUCGGCAACCGAACCAAAGCCCUUUAUAUUAACUUUCGUAGUCAUCGGGUUCGCCCUUAGGUUCCUUUAAGUUGAGAAACGAAUAUUGUUUUGUUGAAUACUCAAAAGGUUUAAUGUAUCAUUGUAGUCACUAGCCUAGUAAUUAGAUGUCUGUAAAUUUGAGAUCUUAUGUUCGAAACAAGUAGUUUAAUAAAUCCUGUAAAUAUUUCAUCAA